AUGCAUCAACCAGCCCUGGUCACGGUUGCUGUUCUGCUCUUCUCUCUCACCACUGUCUAUGGGGGGAACGUGCUUGUCUUCCCAUUGGAUGGAAGCCACUGGGUGAAUAUGAAAGUCCUCAUCGAAGAGCUGCACUCCAGAGGCCAUAGCAUCACAGUGAUUCGUCCAACCACCAACUGGUACAUCAAGGAGAAAUCCCCUCACUACUCGUGCAUUACCAUCCCAGUAUCUGGUGGUGGAUUUGUUGAGGAGGUCUUUAGUUUGUUUGUGACCAGACAAUUGCAGAUCCAAAGGGAGGGCGGAGGUUUCUGGUCUCGUAUGAGUCUGGAGCUUGAGGUGGUGAAGCAGUUCUAUGAGUUACACAAAGAAUUGGUUGUAAUGAUGACUAUGAUAUUCGAAGAUGCCGAACUAAUGCAUUCGCUUCGCGAUGCAAACUAUGACCUGGUUUUGACGGAUCCUGCCAUUGGUGGGGGCGUGUUUCUGGCUCACCGCAUUGGUCUUCCUCUUGUCUUCAAUGUCCGAUGGACAGUCCAGGGCGAGGGUCACUUUGCCAUAGCCCCCUCGCCUCUCUCAUAUGUCCCAUUGCCAGGAGCAAUGUUGACAGACAAAAUGACUUUUCAAGAGAGAGUCAUAAAUGUUCUGUUUUAUCUUUUUACAAGGUUUCAAAUUGCAUACGUCAUAGACCCUAACUACAUUCCGUUCGUCCAUCGUUACUUCGGCCCUGACGUUCACUACAUGUCAUUGUUCCAGGCAGCAGACAUAUGGCUCAUGAGGAAUGACUUUACCUUUGAGUUUCCACGGCCCACCAUGCCAAACGUGGUCUACAUGGGCGGUUUCCAGUGCAAGCCCUCGAAGCCGCUUCCUCAGGACAUGGAGGACUUUGUCCAGAAGUCUGGGGACCAUGGGGUCAUCAUGAUGUCCCUGGGGACCUUGGUGGGACAACUUCCUGAGGACAUCGCUGAGGACAUCGCAGCUGCUUUCGCCAAACUGCCUCAGAGGAUCGUCUGGAGGCACACUGGGAAGAGGCCCACCUCCGUGGGCAACAACACCUUACUAGUGGAUUGGCUCCCCCAGAACGACCUCCUUGGACACCCCAAGACCCGAGCCUUUGUUGCCCACGGCGGAACCAAUGGAGUCCAGGAGGCCAUCUACCAUGGUGUCCCUAUUGUCGGCCUCCCGUUGGUCUUCGACCAGCAAGACAACCUCAAUAGGAUGAGGGCUAAGGGAGUGGCUAAAAUAGUGGACAUCGCCACCGUAGACAGAUACAUCUUCCUGGAGGCAGUGAAGGCUGUUCUCUAUGAGCCGACCUACAGGGAGAACAUGCAGAGGCUAUCCAGGCUGCACAGGGACCAGCCCAUGAAACCACUGGACCGCGCCAUGUUCUGGAUUGAGUUUGUCAUGAGGAACAAAGGAGCGGCACAUCUGAGGACAGAGUCCUAUAAGAUGUCCUGGUUCACCUACCACUCUGUUGACGUCGUAGCAACGCUACUGGCCAUUGUGUUGCUCAUAAUGCUGGUUAGCACUUUAGCUGUAAGGUUUUUGUGGCGUAAGGUGUCUUGUAGGAGGAAAGUGAAACAUGAAUGAUAGCGAUGUAUUAAUGAAUCAUCAUUGAUAAAAUAUUCUAAAUCUUU